GAAAAGUGAGAAGGAGAGCGGCCAAGCAGCAACAAGAAGAAGACGAGACGGGUGGCGAACUGGCCAUAGAAGAAAGUAGUAUCAUUCAUAGUCACGAGGUGAAGACUAAUUUGUGAAGACUAAUUUAACCCUAAUUUCGGGAAUAAAAUCAGAAUAGAUUGGGCCAUGGAAGUAUGGAAAUCAAAAGUUGUGGAAUGUUGAAUCAGAAUCGCUGAUUUCUGCUUACCCUCACCGGAAUUACUGUUUCUGGGCGGCCAUGGAGCUCGAGCUGGUCGCUGUAUUGAGAGCAGCAUGGAUUGCAGCAAUUCUUCCCAUUCUCGUUGCUUUGAUUCCUUCAUCUAAGCUUCGUUUCUUUCACGAAUUGUUGCUGGGCCUUGCUAAGCGAGGCAAGAUCAUGCGGUCUCCAUCCAAUAAAUUUACUGUCCCACAGAAAUUCUUCUGUCAUUUUUACAUUCUUGCUUCUCUUUGGUCAAUACUUCUGCUGGUUGCGAUGUGGGUUUAUGCAUGUCAUUCAACGAAGGAAAACAGAAGUGGAGUUCUUCAAUCUGUCUUUCUGCUUUUACUAAUGGAGACCCAAGCAUUGCGACGCCUUUAUGAGUCAAUAUAUGUAUUCAAGUACAGCUCAUCUGCUAGAAUGCACAUUUUGGGCUACUUUGUGGGCUUUUUUUUCUAUGUAGCAGCUCCUUUAUCUCUUUGCUGCAAUUAUGUACCAGAGGUUUUCAAUUUCGGGUUGAGUUUGCUCCAAGAGUUAAUUGUAACGGGGAAGUAUAAAAUGCGAGUAGCUGAGUCUGAUUUGUGGGGAUUUAUAAAUCCUCUGAGGUAUCUAAAAUGGUACAUAUGGGUUGGUGCCGCUGUUUUCUUUUGGGGUUGGAUUCAUCAGCACUGCUGCCAUGUUAUCUUGGGCAUGUUGCGGAAGAACAAAGAACACAACGAAGAAUACUUAAUCCCUCAUGGUGAUUGGUUUGAAUAUGUUUCAUCUCCGCAUUAUCUGGCUGAGAUUGUUAUUUAUUCUGGCCUCGUGCUUGCAAGUGGAUGUUUGGAUCUCACACUGUGGCUAGUCUUUGGUUUCGUGGUGGCAAAUCUUGUCUUCGCUGCUGCAGAAACCCACAGAUGGUAUCAGCAUAAGUUUGAGAACUACCCCAAAAAGCGCUUCGCCAUUCUGCCCUUUGUCUAUUAACUACUGUUUUUAGAACAUUGAACCGGAAAAGACCAUCUUCUUCGACUCUAGAAUGGAGAGUGUAGGCUCUGCAUCAGGUUUGUCCAAAUGGGAAGCAAACCGUGGGAAUCGAUGUGAACUUGAUGCGAGAAAAUCAACGAGAGAUUGACACCGACGAUGGAAGAUGAGUAUAAUGUGAAGAGAGUGCCUUGUUGGUUGCAUAUAUUAUCUGGUAUGUUUGUCAAGCUGUUUAGGAAGCAUAGCAAUACUCUAAUGAACCCAUGGCUUUGGAGUAUAUACCAAUCCAUAUCCAUUCAAACUUUGGGAUGUAUCUUAGAAGGGGGUAAGGAUCUUAAUAUUCAACAAGGUCCAUUUCAUUACUUUCAUCCCCUAAUGAAUUUGUCAAAUACUA